CUUCAACCACCUCUUCCCUCUGCUGCUAUGCUUUCGUAAAACAAGACCGAUAGCUCUUCAGAAUCUCAUCCCUUCUCUCUAACAGCUGAGAAACUGAACUUUGCGCCGGAAGUUAGCUGGGCCGGUCACGUUAGUUCCCGCCGUCGCUUGAGGUGUGAGAAGGAGGAGCUGUAAAUGGGUUUCUGUUGAUUGACCGGGCCAACUCUAUCUGCUAGGUAAUCAACUCCCUUUUCCCCGCAUCUGUGAAUUUCCGCCGGCGGCGCACUGUUCUUAAACAUAGUCUGAGGGCCACCAAAAUGUGCAGCAAUCUAGCAAGAAUCCAUGCGUUCCCUUUUGCAAUUCGGUAUUCCUCAAAACCCAGUUGCUUCAGCCAAUUCCCCUCGACUAAACCCUCGCUAAACCCUGCUUCCACACACUUCACUACCAAAGUUUCAUAUUGUUCUGAUUCCCAGUCCGCCAAAGCAAUCAACUUUCACCCGGUUUUAGGCAGCUGUUUUGGUGAUUCGGUGGAAGUGGGUAGUAGCAGGUGUUGGGGAAGAGGGGUUUCAGGUGGGUUUAGGAUUAGAAUUAGGAGUUGCUCUACUUCACAACGCCCACAACCGAGUCAUGGUAGAAGGAGUGUUGUUGUGAAGGAUGGAAACUCGCUUCCUUGGUUGAGGUCUAACAGAGUGAAGGAUGGAGGGGGGUCGGUGAAGGCUGUAAAUGAGAAGCGUAGUGUUUCUCCUUGGGAGAAAUCACUGCAGAGUUUAGAGAGAGUUAGUGAUUCUACCCCGGAUGAAUCGUCCAGAAGAUUUGGCAAAGAGAGAGUGGAGAGGAGAACUCCUAACUCCCCAUACCGUCAGGAGCGUGGUAGAAGAGUGGAGAACGACAGGGCAGCUGGAAGGACAACACGGUCUUCGUUUGGGGCUAAUAGGUCGGUAAGCAGAAAUAAGCCGAGUAGUUUACCACCUAAAAGGGAACAUGUUAAGGAUUAUGAUCAUGAGGAUGAACAUGUUGAGGAAGAAGUAGAGGAGGAAACCGAGGUUGUUAAUGAUGAUCCUAGAUGGAAUAACAUAAAGAGCAGGAUAGAGAGACCUGAGUUCCAAAGGUGGAAGAAUCAAGAGAACUGGGGAAGAAAGACAUGGAAAGAGGCCAAUACUGAAUCGACCUUGCCUAAGGUGGUUGGUGAAGGGGUUUAUGGUGUUGGUCCUGUUUUGGCUGCACUAUCUGCAGGAAGAAGGGAAUUUUAUGCCCUCUACGUUCAACAAGGGCUGGACCUGAGUAGUAAUAACAGGAAGAAGAAGGAUAAGAAAGGGUUCGAGAAAGUACUGAAGAUGGCUGAGAAACUUGGACUGAGCAUAACCGAGGUUUCUAAGCAUGAUUUGAACAUGAUUGCUGACAACAGGCCACAUCAGGGCCUUAUACUAGAUGCUUCUCCAUUAGAGAUGGUGCAAAUUAAGGAGUUGGAGCCGGUUCUCCCUGGUGAACAAGAGAGAGGAGGUUCACUUUGGGUUGCUCUAGAUGAAGUUACUGAUCCUCAGAACUUGGGUGCCAUCAUUAGGUCUGCGUACUUCUUCGGCGUCUCAGGGGUAAUCCUAUGUGCUAAAAAUUCAGCACCACUGAGCGGUGUGGUGAGCAAAGCCAGCGCAGGAUCUCUUGAGCUGAUGGAGCUCAGGUACUGCAAGAACAUGAUGCAGUUCUUGGUCUUAUCAGCUGAGAACGGAUGGCGUGUCGUUGGGGGUUCAGUCUCCUCAAGAGCCGUUCCCUUGAACGAAAUUGCACCGGGUGAACCGACAAUCCUUGUGCUAGGAAGCGAGGGAACUGGAUUGAGGCCAUUGGUCGAGAGAUCCUGUACUCAGCUGGUUCGUAUCCCUGGAAACAUUCCCGUGGAUGCAGCAGCUGUGGAAGAAAGUGAUGGUGUGGAAGGCGAAGAGGAGAUGAAUGUGGAGCACUCGAAGAAAGAGUUCCAGUCAUUUAUGGCGGUGGAGAGCUUGAAUGUUAGUGUUGCAGCUGGGGUUCUUCUUCACCACUUGAUCGGCAACCAACCAAACGAGCAAUCGUCAAUAGGAAAUUCAUGAUUUUGUUCCUUCUUUCUAGAAGGUAGCUUAUAACUCACAGACCCUGAUUUCUAUUUAGCUGGAUCUUAGCUUCGUUUAUCACAUUUUCACGAUCUUAUAUGAUGCCAUUGAAAUCCUUUUCCAAGAGUUUGCAUUGCUUCCUAUCUGUUUUGUGUAUCUGCUUCUGUUACUCUUUGUUUGUCUUUUGUCUGUUUUAGACAGCUUAUAGAUGGAACAAAGACAGGCAGAGGUUAGCGUGUUUAAGCCAAUUGAUGUAAGCAUGUGCUUCCAUUGUUGGAUUGAAUGUAAUGUGCAUGUGAGCAGUGGAAACAUGAUGUCCUUUUAGAGUCCAAAAGUGUGGAGUCACAGACCAUGAUUCAGGAAAUGCUUUUACUCAAUGAUCCCUCCAUGGAAGUGCCCCUGAUCGAGAAAGCAAGAUGACGAUACAUGGGCACUUGCUUACUUACUGCUUAAGUGAUCACUUUGUGAGUCAGUUAGCAAUUAGAAUUCCACCAUCACUAAUCAUUUCCCGUCUCUUUUUACAGGAUGGCCCAUUCCACCACCAUUACUGGUCGCUUACAGCUGCCCCACUUCCUCUCUGUUCCAGCAAUUCUCAGCUCACAGAUUAGGAUUAGCAUCAUUUCAAGAAACUUCAACGCCCAACUCUUAUUCAGUAACAGUGGUACUUAUGGCCCAUGGGUGUUGCUUUCAGGAGCCUUUUUCCAAUCCAAAGAUGGCUUGGCUUUAACAUCGUCUGUUUUUGUGAUCUAUGCUUGUUGUAGACUUCGAAACUCCACUCCUGAUCUGCCUCGGAAAAGGUCUCCUGAACCAGACCAGGAUUUGGAGCAGAACGUACAACCCUAUUUAAUUAAUCAGCAUGGUUUUUGUUCUUUGGGCAUUCGAACUCUUACCAAACUAUCGAUAGAUAGCGAGUGAAACAUAUAUUUGGUGUGUAUGAAUGGAUAAAUCAGUGUCAAAUUCGAAAGAACCCUUCCCGAAUGAGUGAUUCGAGUGAAAUCUGACACAACUGAGAGGUUUGGGUAAAAUUAUAUAUUUAAAUUCCUCAUUCGUCACAAGGUUCUAAGGUCGUUUGGAAGUUGCGAUUGUUAAAUAGAUGUAUAGUUGAGAAUGCAUGUAUAAUAUUAUACAUGUAUUGUCGAAUUUUAUGCAUUGUAAAAUACAACGUUUGGUAUGUGUGAUUGUGUAUGUCGCAUCAGCUAAAAGCUGAGACAAAACAAUCUCAACUCAAUUAUCUCAACAAUCACAACUAAAAGUUGAGAUAUAACAAUCACUCAAAAUGAGUGAUAGUUUCUGUCACAUCACAGAAACAAUCCAUGUAUUGUUUCUGCUAAAAAAACAAAAAAACGAUGCAUUGUAAACAAUACAUGCAUAAUGACAAUCUCAACAAAACAAUUGCAACUUCCAAACGACCCCUGGGUUUGAUAUUUAAAGGCGGGCAUCGGUCUAUUCGUCAAGAACCAGAUCAAAAUUAAAGGAAAAUUGAAGAUCAUAACCUAACCAAAAGCAUGUUUUGUUCAUUUGGUUCGACUUGGCCAAUCCAAAUUCAAUUUCAGACCACUUUUAUUUCAUUCUUAAAGAUGAUUUUUAGGAUCGAAACCGGAUCUAAAUAUAUUCCAUUUGGUGCAAAUAUAGACUCGAUACAAUUCGAUUCGACAUAGACCGGAUUGUUGUCCACCCCUAGAGAGGUAUUUCGCCUGAUUUGAUGAGGGCAUGAAGAUAAAUCAAAAGAUUGCGAUUGGGCUCGUUAGUUUUUCAGGUGAUGGAGCAGUCUCACUUGUUUUGGAUAAAUUUCAUGAUUGUACUUUGAUUUGUUGCAAAUUACUUGCCUUUCAUGAUACUACGAAGUGGUGUCUUAUCUUGUUGUUUUUUUGUGGAGAUUCUCAACUAGUCAUCCGGGAUGUUAUGUAGAAGAGCUCUACUCAGUCAUGGACAUGUGUUAUUCUAGAGGAAAUACACUCGAUUAUCUUGU